AUGAAGUUUCCCGUAUCGAGGUCCGGGUCCAUCUCGACGCGAGACAUUGGCUCAUCAAGUUUUGCAGAUCGCCACCUCGUGGCCUCCGUGCUACUUGGGCCCGUCGAUUUGGAGCGCGUUCAAGUUGUAUCGACAUCAUCUCUUCAGUUGGUGCCUUUAAGGACCGGCUUGCUGCAUGAUUUGCGUUCCCUCCUGUCGCAGCAUUCGCGGGAAUACGUGCGCGCUCACGCGCAGGACGAACUGAACGCCCGGACUCAUUGCGAAGAUGGCACCUACAAUGCUACGAUUUUUAGUAGCGCGGAGGAACUGGCGUCAGUUUUCGCCAACACCAGCGCAAUAUCCGCGCUACUUGCUCCUGCUUCUAGCGCUGCUGUAUCGAUCCCAGCACCGAAAAUGCGGGGACUGGCCCCUUCCACCCUUGGCACUACCAUUGCUGGGUCUACUACGUUUUACUCAGAAACAGGUGACCGAAAAGCAAAACAGGCCGAGAAGGCGAUUUUAGUACGACCAGCCAGCUCUUCAUCCUCCUCGUCUCGCUUGUUGAGCUACACUUCGGGAAGCAUCGUGAAUGGGCAGCAGGCAGCGCCUGAAACUGGGCUGGAGCAUGUGCACUACGUGAACCCAAGCACGCAGCAAGUGACGGUCUGUCCCUUAAAUGUCUGCGUUUACUUGAAAACAAACUUCGGGCGAUGGGUGCAGGUAGAUGCGAAUGGGGAUGUGAAGACGCGCACAACGCACGACUGUGAGCAGACGCAAUGCCUGCACGGUGGCUGGGAGUGCUUUUACUUCACCCAGGAGGGAACCGACGGCCACACGGCCACAGGAGCAAGCACGUUCUUCUUGAAGAACAUGGCGCACGGUAAAUACUUGUGGGGCACGCAGGCUGGCAGCGUGGGCACCCAGAGUUGGGCGCAGACCGGGGAGCGGUGGAGCGUGCUGGUCAAGCAAGCGGAAGACCCGUCGGACAAUCGCAUAACGAUGGCGUACGAGAACUACGAGGUGACCGAAAACGCUGGACAGGCGGACAGCCAGAUGUCGCAGGAGGGCAGCGCGGAUGGCGAUAUCAAGUACGGGCUGAACGGCGAUUGGGAGCGGUUUUUCACCCGGGACAUGUGGGGCAACGCAGCGUGCCACGAACCAAAGCGGCCCAGUCGAGUAUUCACCGGCUUCCACUGUAACGUCGGCCACAAAGUGAAGAUCCGACACUCGCACAGCGGUCGGCUUUUGCACAUGGCGGCCGGCGGAACCGCGGUAGGUGUGGAUCAGCAGAUUUAUCUUCCAGCUACCACUGACACCGAAACGGACAUGAACCUCAACAAAGCGGUGUGGUACAUGACGAAUUGCGGAUUUGACGCCGUCUGCUUCCGCUCGAUGCCAAACAAACACUACUUGUCCGCGGACGGCGGGUCAAAUGUGUGGCGGGUGUCGGGUGAGAGCAGCAUCGCGGGCUGGCACGAUUGGGAAAGAAUGGAAAUGAGAAGCGUCGAGUCUUCUUCUAACACGACGUGCGUGUUCUCCCUGGCGCAUGCGAAGACCCUAUCGGAAAAUCAGUCGGAAGCCGACGCCGACAAAAGAGACCAAAUGCACACAAGUUGCGGCGCAUCGGAACGCUGGGAGAUCGUCGACGCCACGGAUGCCACUCAGCACCGCUGCCACUGGUACACAACUACGACCACAACCUCAACUGCUCCUGUUGUAGCCGCGACGACCGUGACACCAUCGGCGAACGCCACAGCUCCUGCUACGACUACGACGUCACCGACUACAAGCGUACCGACGACUCCAACCGCCACCACAACUGUUCUGUCGUCGCACGGGGUGUGGUACCCACAGGAGCUGCUGAAACGGGCACAGUAUGCAUUGCAAAAGUAUCGUGCUUCUGCUUGUACAAUUCACAUGGUUGGUCAUGGUAGAUUUUUUCGAUUUCAGGGGAGCAACUGUUGUCAUGCGUGUGCAGGGUGGUAUUGGUCUUGGUCAGCAGAUCUAUCACACAGAGUACGACUGCGAUACUUUUGCAACGCAUAAGCAGAGAAGAGGAUACUACGCUGGACCGCCGGGUUGUCGUGUUUGCCGCGACAACGAAGAACUUGCGAGCUACCUGGAUGAAGUUAUCGCCCUGUGCCCCGAAGAGAGCGCGCUGCGGCGUGCAAAUCAACCGGUCGCUUUAUGUGCCUGCCUGAUGAACCACGGCGCCUGCAUGAUGCAGCUGCGAAGCGGUUUAGUUUCGGGUAAGUUGAACUCCCGCCCUGUAAUGCUUGGGGAGACUCUGUGUCCGUUCUAUUGUGCCCACUACAAUUCAACGCCCACCUGCCAUACGUAUCCAGUGAAAGAGUAUCGCGCUGCUAGUACUAUUAGUUUGCAUCAGAUAUAAAUAUAUUUGCUCAGCAUUAAAUGCAAAUGCGGAGAAGUUUGUCGUACUGGCUGACCUUAGGAGCGAGGUUCGUCUUGUUGAUGCUUGAUUGCAAUUCGUACGAAUGCGAUACGACUUUUGCGCAGGAUAAUACGAGAUCAACGCCAAUAUCGAGCUCGGCCUCGUCUGACUUUGGUUCCGCCUGGGCGCCCCGGGGUUACACUCUCGAAGUGGCCUUGCAGCAACAGCCGGACCGAGACACCCUGAGGGCUCUGUUGGCUUGGGGAGAAGGCUUCGAAGGUGAGAUCGUCGCCACAAUGCGGGACGCAUUCUUCCGACGGAACCGAGACACCGCCCCGGAUGCGAUCCGAACUCCAGCGGAGGUGUUUUAUGCAUCCAGCCCCAGCUUCUAUCGCACUGGUGCAAAUACCCCCGGGACAUUGCAGCCGAAUGCGAUGAGUCUACACCUGACGAGUCAAUUCGCAGUCACUGGCUGUGCCCCACUUUUCACCGAGGCCCCGCUCGCUUCUCCUUCGACGACGAGCGGUGGCAGCACGGCGGCCGUGCGUCGCGAAACUGAAGUUCCUGAAGAUGAGCCUAAUCUCAUGCUGCAGAACCGGCUAGGACGACAGCAGCUCCACUCAUCAGCGAAGAAGAUACGGAGAAAACCAUUAUUCUUCAGGCGUCUGGAUCACGAUCCUGGCACACCAGCUGCGACGAGUAGCAGUACCACUGUGCCGAUGUUCAGUCAAGAACUGCUGAGGACCAUGUACACCGCAGACAACUUGCCUUAUCCUGCGGAACGCCCAACACCCCUGCCGCCACGGGCGUACACAUACGACCUCAACAGCGCUGCCUUAGAAGCAUGCCUCAAGCGGACGGGGUCGAGUCUUUUUGUACCCGCCGGCAAACAGUGCUACGUCGCUUGCAGCAGUGACGCGAGUACCGCCGGCGCGUCCUCGAGUAGCAUUUCGUCGGCUGCAGCUUCGCCAGGUAGUAGUUCGGCAGCAAGCUCCACAGCGAACUACUUCUCUUGCCCGGCGGCACAGGCGGAUACUACAGGCGCUGUUGCGGAAGCCGCCACUGCAGGCACGCAAUCGUCUGGCACGGCUUCCACCGCGGACGCCGCGCGAGGUGGGGG